AUGGGAAGCCAAAGUAAUAUUCUUAAAAUAUGUAUUGCAAUACUUGAGCUACUUAUAGCUUGUAAUUUUGCAAGUGUCGAUGCUUGGAUUGGACAUGGCAUUACGCAAGCGAGGCAGCAAGACUUUCCAUUUAUCGUGGCAAUUACAAAGCGAAUCGAGAAUAUUAAUGCCGAACGUUACAUCGUAUGUACCGGGACACUCGUUUCUAGUCAGGACGUCUUGACAGCCGCCCAUUGUACGAAUAAUGAAGAAUUGAACGGCAUUCAAUUAAUUGUGGGAUCGGUCGACAUAAGAUCUACAAACAGACAUUAUCCGUUAUGGUGGAUAUCGCAGUAUCAGUGGGCGAUGUAUCAGUUAAAUUAUCCAUAUCAGACUGACGUUGCAGUUAUAAGGUUAAUUAAUAGAUUGGAAUUUGGAACUCCGUAUGCGCUUAUUUCAUUUUACACUCUCGAGGAUCUCGUAGGUAGAAACGUAACGACUGCAGGUUGGGGUGAAAUACAAAAUGGCGCCUACCCUUCGACACUUCGAACAACUACCACAAGAAUUAUAUCACGCGAGGAGUGCCAGAUGCGAGCUACGAUGCUCGAGCAACGUUCAUUAAGGGUUGAAAAUAAUGUAUUAUGCAGUGUUGGAUUUCCCUAUGCGUUCAUGAUGACCGGUGACAGUGGUGGUCCGGUUAUCUAUAAUAAUGAGCUUAUCGCCAUUAGCACGGGAACAGGUCCAUUGCCUGACCAAGGCAUGCAUCCGGAUAAAGUAAAUCUUCAUGAUAAUUUAUACUAUUAUCGACGUUAUUUAUACGAAACGUUAAAUGCCGAUUAACAAACA